GGUCACGUGACCCCGGGCAUGUUUCUUUCCCUCCAGAAACCUCCCCGGCCACCAGUCCCGCCCCCAAAAUGAGCCUGCCCGUCAAAGUGGCGUUUCUAGGCCCCGAGGGGACGUAUACGCACCAGGCCCUUCUCCAACAGUUCGGCAGCGACGCCAAACAGGUCCAGAUUUUCCCGCAGGGGUCCAUCAACGCGUGUUUCGACCAGAUAAAUGCCCGGCAGGUGGACUACGCGGUGGUGCCGCUCGAAAACUCGACGAACGGCCAGGUGGUGUUCACCUACGACUUGCUCAGAGACUGGUUCAUCUCCUGUGGCAGCCGAAAAGCCCCUGGGUUUUCCGUGGUGGCCGAGCAGUUUGUGGCGAUCCACCACUACCUAUUCUCCAACGCGGAGGACUUGUCCCGGGUCGACAAACUAUAUUCCCACCCGCAAGUGUGGGGCCAGGUCAGCGAGUUUCUUCGGACCGAGAAGUUCAACGGCCAGUGCAGUCGGAUCGACACCGGCUCCACGGCACAGGCGGCCGAGAAGGUGUUUGAGGACGCCACGCACACGUCUGCGUGCAUCAGCUCGGAAAUGAGCGGCCGGUUGUAUGGCUUGCCCACGAAACGAGCCGAGAUCGAAGACAUGAAGGGCAACACCACCCGGUUUUUGGUGCUCGGCUAUGGCCAGAUGCUUCAUGGAGAAGCGCGCGAGGGCACGCGUGGAGAAACAGAAAAGGCUGUGGGCCCAGAGGACUCUGCCGGGGGUGCGGACCAUUGCAUCACCUCGCUCAUGUUUGUUUUGAACGACAACGACCCCGGGGCACUUUGCGAGGCGUUGGAUGCGUUCAAGAUCCACCGCGUGAACCUCACAUCCAUCGCGUCGCGGCCCUCCAAGGUGACGCCAUGGGAAUACGUGUUUUUCGUCGAUGCCGAGGGCCACGAGAACACGCCCGAAAUGAGGGAUAGCGUGAGGCAGUUGCAGGAGCACUGCCAGCGAGUGGCGGUGUUGGGUCUGUUUGUGAGGUCCUGGAGGUACAAGAAGCACGUGUAAUACGACGCAGGCCACAGAUGCCUAGGCCAGGAGACACUGUGAAAUGACCGCCGAUGUUUGGGCCCCCUCAUCUGGGCUCGUGUGGCCAAGUGCCCCCGGAGCGAGAAGUGGGACUGGACUCUUGUAGAUUUUCCUAGUUCGAGCCACCUUGCCCGGCUAUGGGUCCAUAAUCAAAUCAGAAGAACAGGCCUGUAUGAAUGUUGGGCACCAGUCAUACAGACCAGGCCCUCUCGUGGUUUUUUCUGCAUUCAUAAUAAAUCUGCAUUCCUAUAAUAUCUGUAUCCAUG